AUGACCCUCGUCGAGAUGCAAACGGCUGUUCUGCCGCCAUCUUUCCCCGUGUCCGAUACACGUCCGUCCCAAUCAAACCCGUAUCUCGACCACAUUCAACGUCCCACUAAAUAUGCGGAUAGCCGGACAUCUUCGAAGGAGAACAAGUCUCCGCCUGUACCGGAGAACGUCGAAAAGCAAGUCUUUUCCUCUCCUCUAUCUGCCCAUGGGCCAGACACAGAAUUGCAAGACCCAUUGAGCACCCAUACAUCGCCACGGAGUGCUGUUGCUGGAAAGAAACGGUCUGCCAAUGGAGACUUCAAAGAGCCAACGACGAAGCCACUGGACGAGGCUGGGCUGACAAAGACUGGGCAUUCGAGGACUGCCAGUAGUCUCUCGAAUACCAGUACCGCGUCGAUGCACGAGCUGUCGCAGCAGCUUCGGACCAGACUCGCAUAUGCUAUGGUCAAAGUCCAGAACGGUUGGCAUCACAGGUCCCUGGAGGAGGUCGAGUCGUUGGCCAGUGCGUCACCCCGCUCAACUACUUUCAAUCAUUAUUCCCAAAAUCGUCACCUGCUAUCACCACGGACUGCCAUGGUAGCCCAUAUAAGUCGGGAUAGCAGCGAUACUAGUAGCGAACCGCGUCGUUCGCACUCACCACCACCACAUACGAUUCCUACCAUAUCGAGUCCUCCACCUGGCAAGAAAUCUCUCGCUCCACCCGCGAACAUAGUGUCGCGGCCUUCGCAAGAACGUCGACGUCCAACUCUAAAUAAUGGAUAUGCGCCCGGACAACCUCUAUCUACUAGACCGAAUAUGACCUAUCGAACACCUAGUCAAAGUGCUGCUAUGGAAGCCGAUGCCGUGGAGACACUUCUCUUCAUGGCAAGUCCAAACAACUCUGGCACCGGCAAAAACUCCUCUCAAUUCUCUCCUAUCACGUCGGCGCCGUCCGUCUACAACUUUCCUCCUUCACAAACUUCACCUUUACGAAAUACCUUCACAGCUUCUCCACGCAGUGUGGCUCGGGGGUUGACUAACGGCUACACUGCGCCUUAUGGUCGCGACAAAAACGAAAUCAUUGCAUCGCUAGUCGAAAGACUGGACGAUGAGGGUGAUGCUGACUUGGACGAGGCCUUGAAGCUGCUAGACCGACAUCAUGCCACGAAACUUGCCACCUGA